UAGUGAUUAUGGAUUGAGUUUAAAAACUUCUGAUUAUCAGAGAAGCCGUCCUGCUAAUGGAUUUAUCAAAUGCAAUCCAAAUUCAACAAAACCAACAUUGGUAGAUGUAUUUUAUGACAGCCAAGCAAAACCUGGAAUUUAUGAACCUGAAGCAAUUCGGGUUCUUUGUGGUAAAAGUGGAGGAAUGAAGAAUUUCUGUGUUUGUAAUGAAGAUGGAAAUUGUUUUGUACCAGUAAAAAAUAAUGUUCCUGUUUAUGCUGAACUGGCACCUUAUUGUGAUCAGUAUGCGGGUCCUCACGUUUACUUGGAACUUUACAGAGGGGCCCUUUCUUUGGAAAAUAACCCUAACAUAUUGUAUACACCUAAACCUAGCCAAGUAUUUGGUUGCGGCACAGAUUAUAUGAAAAUAGGAGCAGUUAGCUGUAAUGGAUGUGGAGUGAUUAAGAAAGCAUUGUGUAAGAAGGAUUGUAAAGGAUAUUUUGUACCAAAUAAGUUGGAUGUACAAGAUAUUAAAGGAAUUUUGAAUAAUUAA